CCCUCCUGUCCGGUAGGAUGGGAUCAGACCAGCAGCAGCCACAUAUCCCUGCACGCCUGACCGCUAGUCUACUUCCUGGAUGGAAGAAUGGGACGUUUCCAGCUCCACUUUUUUCCCUCCUCCGUCUCGCUGACGCCGCGGAUAAUCACUUAAUAAUGACCACGUGUGAUCAAUAUAAUUCGACCACUUUUUUUCUCCUCUCCUCUCCUCUGCCCUCCUGUAGUUAAAAGACAGCGAUUGAUCGCCGAUUGACCCCCCACCGAUCUGCACACUUCGGGAAUGUCGCUAUCUGGAGAGCCGCUGCAGACACGGAGGAGUCCAACAACAGAUUUUGAAGUGUUCGUGCACAGCCGUAGUGUGCGCAGCGUUUUAUUCCUCGAAGCUAAAAGCAGCCUGUGUUCGGACCGGAGGCGAAUACAUUUGUCUUUUUGAGGGGGAAAAAGGAAAAGAAAAGAAGGCAGCACCACUGACUGUAGCUCCCACCAUUUACUUUGAUGCUCCAGCUCCGAGGCUGCUGUGCCAACUUCGCUUCGACAGUGUGAUUUUUUUUUCUCUCUCUCUCUCUAAAGGAAGAAGAAGAAAAGACACAAACUUUGUCACCCGUUGCCUUCUUGUUGCUCUCGAUGAGUAGUCUAACAUGCGGAGGAUACGGGAACCGAGUUACUGGUGGAUUUUAUCCUUAAUGUUUUUAACCUUGCCCGAACACAAAGACUGUCAACCCGUUACAUCGGGUGGUCAACCUCACCACAGUGGAGGCGGCCAUCAUGGAAGCACAGGUGUAAUGAGGGAGAGGAGGACAGCUGGUGACCCCUACUGGUCCUAUUCAGGAAGCCAUGGACCUCGAGGCUGGGCCACCUUAUACCCAGAAUGUGCUGCAAACAACCAGUCACCUGUGGACAUUGCAGAUGAACAAGCUCUAGUUUCGGAGGAGUACCAGGAGCUGGUGCUUGACAAGUUCAACACAGAGUCCUCCAACCAGACCACCAUGAAGAACACUGGAAAGACAGUUGCUGUUCUCCUGAAGGAUGACUACUUUGUAAGAGGUGCUGGACUGCCAGGACGCUUUAAGGCUGAGAAGAUGGAGUUUCACUGGGGCCAGACUAAUGGAACAGCAGGCUCAGAGCACAGCAUAAAUGGCAGAAGAUUCCCCGUAGAGAUGCAGAUCUACCUUUACAAUUCGGAUGACUUUGACAGCCUCAGCGCUGCCAUCAAGGAAAGACGCAUCAUUGCUGCCAUGGCUGUCUUUUUUGAGCUCGGGCAAAAAGACAACCCAGCUGUGGAUCCCAUCAUCCAGGGAUUGAAAGGAGUGGUGCAUCAUGAAAAGGAGACCAACCUGAGGUCGUUCAUCUUGAGGGAUCUGCUGCCAUCAUCAGUGGACAGUUAUUACCGAUAUACGGGCUCUCUGACCACUCCGCCCUGCAGCAAGGUAGUGGAGUGGAUCAUCUUCUCCAGGCCCGUGUAUCUGUCCCACUCACAGCUGGACGCUUUUUACUCCAUCUUUACAACAGAGCAGCAGGACCAUGUCAAGUCUGUGGAGUACCUGAGGAACAACUUCAGGCCCCCGCAGGACCUGGAUAAUAGGAAGGUUUUUAAGUCGGCGGUAAAAGAUGCGUGGCAGAAAGAUUUGACUGAGAUCAUUGGAAGUCCUCACAGCACCGAGGCUUCAAGAGUGUGCAGCAGUGCCCCAGUAAGUAUGAAGAUCCAGCCACUGAACCAGACAGCAUUGAUGGUGAGCUGGGAGCGGCCUCUGACUGUGUACCACCCCCCCAUCACCAGCUACAUGGUCUCCUACAGCUGGGUGAAACGUGACGUUCCUGAUGAAAAGACCUUCACUAAGACCGGCGACCAGAGCAUGAAAGCCAUCAUCACUGAUGUGUCCCCUGAAGUCCUGUAUCUGUUCCGAGUGCAGGCAGUAUGUCAGCAUGACCUGCGCAGUGAUUUUAGCCAAACACUGUUAUUCAGAGCCAAUACAACAAGAAUAUUUGAAGGGUCUCGUAUUGUGAAGACUGGGAUGCCCACAAUUUCUCCAGCAUCCUCAGCCGACAUGGCUCCCAUCAGCUCUGGUUCCUCCACUUGGACGUCCUCUGGCAUCCACUUCUCCAUCGUUUCUAUGGCAACAGGGAUGGGCCCCUCGUCUAGUGGCAGCCAGGCCACGGUGGCAUCAGUGGUGACAAGCACCUUGCUGGCAGGCUUAGGUGUUGGCGGAGGGGUCAUCUCGUCUCUGCCCAGCUCCGUUUGGCCCACACAGGCGCCUCAAGCCACUCAGAACCCCACGCGUCCGUCUGCCUCACCUGCAAAGUCCAGCACAGAGCAGGCAGCUCCUCAGGGCUCGGAGACAGACAGCCCAGCUAACGAGAACCAGGCUGCCCGUGAGGGGGAAGAGGAGGAAGAGGAGGGCGAGAGAGAGGGAGAGCAAGAAGAGGAAGAGGACGAGAAGAAGAGAAAGAGCAAGACUGCACCUAAUAACGAGGAAAAACAAGCGAACAGCACUGUGGCCAAAGAGCCUUUAAUCCCCACCCCCGCGUCCACAGCCAAAGAGAAAGGAGAAGGGAAACCGACAGUUAAAGGUAUCACAGUACCUCCAAGCACUGGUGAUGACCAGUUGGUCGACAUGGAGACGAAACCCACAGAUGUAAAUGCAGUCUCCACUCAGGAGCCCCGUAAUGACAGUGCAGAGAUGCAGAUUCCCCAGAGCUCUACACUGUCUCCAAAGAGUGGUAAUGGGAACAAAAUCUGGCCUUUCUCUGUCCACACUGACAGAACCAUCUUGUCCAACGUGACACGGACCUCUCAGCCUGGGAUGGGCAGGAUGGUGUGGAUUGUCCCCUUGGUGGUCGUGUCUGCUCUCACCCUGCUGUGCCUCAUCAUGCUGCUGAUUGUGAUGGUCUACUGGAGGAGAUUUUUCCAGACAGCUCACUUCUAUGUGGAGGACAGCAGCUCUCCACGGGUGGUGGCCAAUGAGAAUAUCCCAGUCAUCCCUAUACCAGAUGACAUGGAGGCCAUCCCUGUUAAGCAGUUUGUCAAACACAUCAUGGAACUCUACAAGAACAACAUGCAAGGAUUCGCUGAGGAGUUUGAGGAGGUCCAGCGCUGCACAGCCGACCUGAAAAUCACAGCAGAACAUUCCAAUCAUCCCGACAACAAGCACAAAAACAGAUACAUCAACAUUGUGGCCUAUGACCAUAGCAGGGUGAAAUUACGAGCUUUGGCAGGGAAAGAUGCCAAACAUUCGGAUUACAUCAAUGCCAACUAUGUCGAUGGUUACAACCGGCCCAGAGCUUAUAUAGCUGCUCAAGGUCCUCUAAAAUCUACAUUCGAGGACUUUUGGAGGAUGGUGUGGGAGCAGAACACUGGAAUUAUUGUUAUGAUCACAAACCUCGUGGAAAAGGGCAGAAGGAAAUGUGACCAAUACUGGCCGACAGAGAACAGCGAGCAGUACGGAAACAUUGUUGUGACACUGAAAAGCACUAAAGUGCAUGCCUGUUACACACUACGCCGAUUCCUUAUAAGGAACACUAAAGUUAAAAAGGGUCAGAAGGGGAAUCCGAAAGGGAAGCUAAAUGAGCGCAUUGUGGUCCAGUAUCACUACACUCAGUGGCCUGACAUGGGAGUGCCAGAGUACACCCUCCCUGUCCUCACCUUCAUCAACCGCUCAUCAGCGGCUCGUACUGCAGACAUGGGCCCUGUCCUGGUGCACUGCAGUGCAGGGGUCGGGCGCACAGGAACAUACAUUGUCAUUGACAGCAUGCUGCAACAGAUCAAGGACAAAAGCACAGUUAGCGUCCUGGAUUUUCUCAAACAUAUCCGCACACAACGCAACUACCUAGUCCAGACUGAGGAACAGUAUGUUUUCAUCCACGAUGCUCUGAUGGAGGCAAUCCUGAGUAGAGAGACAGAGGUGCCUGCCUGGCAGCUGCACAGCUAUGUCAACAGCAUCCUCACGCCCAACUCAACAGGCCGCACACGGCUGGAGAAGCAGUUCAGGCUGCUGACUCAGUGCAACACGCGUUUUGUGGAGUGCUUUAGCGCCCACAAAGACUGUAACAAGGAGAAGAACCGCAAUUCCUCAGUGGUUCCUUCGGAGCGAGCAAGGGUUGGACUCACCACUCUGCCUGGCAUGAAAGGAACAGAUUACAUUAAUGCAUCCUACAUAAUGGGCUACUACAGGAGUAAUGAGUUCAUCAUUACCCAGCAUCCAUUGCCCCACACCACAACAGACUUCUGGAGGAUGAUUUGGGACCAUAACGCUCAAAUUAUUGUCAUGUUGCCUGACAACCAGGGCCUGGCUGAGGAUGAAUUUGUUUACUGGCCAAGUCGGGAAGAGGCCAUGAACUGCAUCGCCUUCACGGUCACACUCAUCAGUAAGGACAGACUCUGCCUCUCCAACGAGGAGCAGAUCAUCAUCCACGACUUCAUCUUAGAGGCCACCCAGGACGACUAUGUUCUGGAGGUGAGACAUUUCCAGUGCCCUAAAUGGCCAAACCCUGACUCCCCUCUCAGCAGCACCUUCGAGCUCAUCAGUGUCAUCAAGGAGGAAGCCAUGACUAGAGAUGGCCCCACCAUCGUGCAUGACGAGUAUGGAGCUGUGUCAGCGGGGAUGCUCUGUGCCCUCACCACGCUGUCCCAGCAGCUGGAGAAUGAAGGAGUCGUCGACAUCUAUCAGGUGGCAAAGAUGAUCAAUCUCAUGAGGCCGGGAGUCUUCACUGAUAUAGAGCAGUACCAGUACCUUUACAAAGCCAUGCUCAGCCUGGUCGGUAACAGAGAGUGCAGCCUGAGCCCCAUGCACAUGGACACUAAUGGGGUGGUGGUGAUCGCAGACGAGUCGGACCCUGCGGAGAGCAUGGAGUCGCUCGUCUGAGGACAUUCUUACAGGCACUUAAUUUGUAAAAUUCUGAGGCCUUUUUUGCCAGACUAUUGAUUAAAUGAAUAACCUUAUUACUUUUUAUACUGAUGAAAGUUUUUUGAUAUUUAUGUUUUUGUCCUUUAUUUCUUGUCUUAAACGUUAUCCUGCUGAGCGUUUGCACCUGUUUUAAGUUGACAUGAGGAAAAAGCAGCUCUGUCCAGUUUGCACUAUACUAUCAGUGUUACUGCCUAAAUCCAGUGAGUGAAAAAUCUUCACAGUUCCAACCUGGUAUCACGAGAAAAAACAAAAACGACAAAAAAACUGGGAUCUUGGACCGUAUAUUGAGACAAACCUGAAGCAUGAAGACCAGGACGAGUGAAGGCGAUCCACUUUCGAUCAUGUCUCAAAACAGAAACGUCAUAGCAUAGCCCAGCAUGCAUUAUGCCACUUUGUCACUUCAAUCAAACUGUUCUGAGGCCCCGCUGCACAUGGGCGAAGCUUUUUAUCACACGUGAAGAGACUCAUACCUGCCUAUAUAUUAUUGUCCCAGUAUCUCACUGCUGUCUUGUAAAAUGUACUUAUGGCUUAUUUUCUUGAAGUGUGUUACAACAUCUAAUGUGAACAUUUAUUGCUUUUUACAGGGAUUUAUAUUGUUAUAUUGUUUUGUUAUAUAUAUAUAUAUAUACAUAUAUAUUAUAUCCUUAACAGCCAACCAAGUUUUUUUUUCUUUGUACUUUUGCCUAUUUGUCCACUGGCCUUUGAUGUAGAUUAAUAUAUGUGGAGCUUCUGAAGCCUACAGAUCUCCACUCACAUUUUUUCCAGCAUUCCUUUCAGCUUUUUUAACCUCCAGUGGUCAAAGCUCAAUUGUUAACACAUGUAAUAGGUAUCUGUACUGACACAAUGCAAUGCCCACAUGAAGUAUUCACCCUACACCAAGUUUUUCAUGUUUUAUUUUACCGCUUUGAAUCUCAGUGGAUGCAUUUAAGAUUUGGAUUUCUCACCAAUGUAAAAAAUACAGUAAUGUCAAAGUAAAAAUUUCAAAUGUCACCAGAUUCAUUCAAAUUCAUUUCAAAUCGUAAAACUGAUUGCACAAGUAUUCGCUCACCUGAAGGCCGUGUUUUGCAGCUUUGGCAGUAUUUCUAACUUUGGUUAUUUGAGAAUGUGUCAGCUUUAAGCAUCUUAGUAAAGUAGUUUUUGUUUCCUCAGUCAAGUACUGCUUAUUUUUUCAGACUUUACCACUUAUUCUGGACUGUACUGAGGUUUGGACUCUGACUUUGGCCCUCCAGGACAUUAACAUUAUUGUUUCAAAGACGUUCCUGUUUCUUGUUGGAAAAAUAAAUCUUCCUGCGGUUCUUGCGCAGAGCAAUGUCCUGGAGGAAUUCUUUAUAUUUCAGAUUUACUAGAUUUUACUGGGCUGCACAGUGGAGUAGUGGUUAGCACUUUCGCCUUGCAGCAAGAAGAUCCCUGGUUCAAAUCCCGGCCUGGGAUCUUUCUGCAUGGAGUUUGUAUGUUCUCCCUGUGCAUGUGUGGGUUUUCUCCGGGCACUCCGGCUUCCUCCCACAGUCCAAAAAUAUGCUGAGGUUAAUUGGUUACUCUAAAUUGCUCGUAGGUGUGAAUGGGAGUGUGAUUGCUUGUCUGUAUAUGUACCUGGCGACUUGUCCAGGGUGUCCCCUGCCUUCGCCUGAGUCAGCUGGGAUAGGCUCCAGUGACCCUAGUGAAAAACGUUGUAUAGAGAAUGGAUGGAUAGAUUUUACUGCAGAGAAGCAUCCUCACCAGGCCUUCUAGUGAAAAUGCUAUUCAGUGCCUUGGAAAUGUUCUUAAUGCAUCUCUCUGAUUGGUUCAUUUCAGUUCACAGUCACCAGUUUCUUAGAAUUUUCACCCAUCUUCAUAAUGUAGUUUUGUCAAGAAAUAAACUACGUAGCUGUUAGAUUUAGAUCGUGGUAUAUUAAACCUAAAAUCACUCGUCAUGCUGUCAUUAUGCAGAUGUAUAAACAGUGGCGAGUUAGACCUCAGAAUAAAAUGCAUAAGUGUGCAAUCAGCAAUUUAAAAUUGUAUUUGCUCUCAAUUUAUAUCAAUUUGUCGAAUUUUGUUCACUUUGACUUCUGUGGAUUGGUUGUUAAUAAUCUAUUGGCUUCCGCUCAAAGUUGUACUUAAAUAAAACAUGAAAAAGUCCAAAGACGGUGAAAACUUUCUGGAGGCACUGCAGUUUCUUUUUGGGGGGUUGAUGCUUUAUUUGUAACCAAAGAUGUGGUUCCAGUUUGCAACAUGUAAGUGGUUUUGUCCUGAGACCUAUUUAAUCAACUACAACUUAAAAUCAAAAUAGUUUAAUCUUACAGUACAGAUUUCCAAUGUGUGAAUUUAACUGGAGUUAAGCAUGUUUCUGUUCUAGCCUCAGGAACACACCUUCUAGUAAAUAAUCAGACUUUGUGAUGCUUUCCUCACAUUAGAAAGUAAGGUUUAAAAUUCUGUAAAGUGUAUUUUAUUUGGGCUGAUAUUCCGUCUCGGCAUUAUUUUGUGGCUCUAAUUAUAAGCCCUUCUCAACCCUGAACACCCCUCUCUUGAUUGAUUUACUUCUAUUCUGUGAUGAAAACUUUUUUUGUUGUUUUUUUCUGGCAACAUCCACUUCUCUAUCAAGGGGGAGUUUGCUUAAUCCCUUGAAAACUCUCCAAUAUUUGGAGAAAAGUCCAGAUUUCCGAUCUUUUAGCUUCACAUCUAAACUUUUCUUUUCUAGCAACUGUCAAUCUUGAUUUUUCUCCUUUGUAUGAACGCCAGACUUCUUUCUGUUUGAUAUUUCUGCUCGCAGUUAAAACACGAGUGCUGUUGCUGCACACAUUUACUUCCAAAAAAAAACAACAAAUUAUGUAACCUUUGUGAUCAUAGAAGUUUAUAUUUUCAUACAAAGAUUCGGUUUGUAUUGUGGCCUUGUAACAGAUUGUACUUUUGUGGAAAAAUGAUCAUGUGAAUCUUCGCAGCAAAGUCCCAACAAUCAUAGCUGCUCCUCUGAGCUCCGUGCUGUUUUACGGAUUUUCCUGACAGUCCAGGCAGCCAGUGUGUUCGCCUCAGCUCAUUUCAACCAGGUUGGUAGUCAAGUCUAUUUUGUAACUUUAAAAAAAAAAACUCACAAAAAAAGGUUUUGUCCAUCUUAUCACAUGUUUAUAUGAUAGUAUCAUAGCGAUCUAUUUCUAUGAUACUGUUAUAUACCAUAUUAUAGUGUAAUAGUGUUAUUUAAUAGGUAAAUUGUAUUGCUAUACAUUAAAUAAAGUCUGGCUUUGGGUGCACUGCAUCCUUGUAUUA